AUGCUCAGUGAACUCGGUUGGGAUAUGAAGUUGAAUGAGGCAGAAGAAGUUGAAGCUGUGCUGGCCAAUGCCAAACAAAUCCUUAAUCUGCUUCUUCGUAAAUCAAGUAUUCUUCUACUCACAAAAUCUAAUGAUAGCAUCACUUCUCUGAUGUCAUUCUCAGCAUUCAAGCUUUUGACAUUGUUCAUGGUUGAUGAGUUAAUUUCCGCCAAAAUUUAUGAAGCUGCAGUGAAAUUGGCUAUGGACCUCAGAAACUUGUCACUAGAGGGUUUUCAUUAUUUCCAAACGUAUGACUGGCUAAUGCUGAUGACUGCAGUUACCCUUGGAUACACUGGAUGGAUGAUUGUACUUACCCUGCAUUGCCUGCAAUAUUAUAGUUCACUAUCAGCAGAUUGUCCAGAAAAGAGCAACUACCUGAGCAGAAAAAAGACUCUGGAAAAGCUUUCUGCUGAUGGAAAUUCUCUUGGUGGUAAAUUUAGUGGAGNAUGA